GCUAGGGUUAAAGCACCUCUCACCUUUCUCGGCUUGUUUUAGGGUUUUCGCUUCAUCUCUCUUCGGCGAUCUUGUUUGGGACAAGAAAGGCAAGAUGACGGUGAAGCUGUCGAAGGCGGAGAAGAAGGUGGUGUACGACAAGAAGCUGUGCGGGCUGUUGGAUGAGUACAGCAAGGUGCUAAUCGCGGUCGCCGACAACGUCGGGUCCAACCAGCUCCAGAACAUCCGAAAGGGCCUCCGCGGCGACUCCAUCGUCCUCAUGGGCAAGAACACCCUCAUCCGCCGCUGCAUCAGGAUCCACGCUGAGAAGACCGGCAACAAGAACUACCUCAACCUCCUCCCCCUGCUUGUCGGAAAUGUGGGACUUAUAUUUACCAAGGGAGAUCUCAAAGAAGUUAGUGAGGAGGUUGCCAAGUACAAGGUUGGAGCUCCUGCGCGUGUUGGACUUGUUGCGCCAAUUGAUGUUGUUGUUCCCCCUGGCAACACUGGAUUGGACCCUUCACAGACUUCUUUCUUCCAGGUGCUCAACAUCCCAACCAAGAUUAACAAGGGUACUGUGGAAAUCAUUACCCCUGUUGAACUGAUCAGGAAGGGAGAAAAAGUGGGCUCUUCUGAGGCUGCUCUCCUUGCAAAGCUUGGGAUUAGGCCUUUUUCAUAUGGCCUUGUUAUUCUGUCUGUGUAUGAUAAUGGAUCGGUCUUCAGUCCCGAGGUGUUGGAUCUCACAGAGGAUGACCUCAUUGAGAAGUUUGCAGCUGGUGUCUCAUUGGUUACUUCACUGUCUCUCGCCAUUUCUUACCCGACACUUGUGGCGGCUCCUCAUAUGUUCAUCAAUGCGUACAAGAAUGUGCUUGCUGUUGCAAUUGCUACAGAGUACUCCUUCCCACAUGCAGAAAAAGUUAAGGAGUACCUAAAGGAUCCAAGCAAGUUUGCUGUUGCUGCUGCUCCUGUGGUUGCCGAAGUUGCUGCAGCUGCAUCUUCUUCUGCACCUGCAGAAGAGAAGAAAGAGGAGCCUGCCGAGGAAUCUGAUGAUGACAUGGGCUUUAGCUUGUUCGAUUAGUGUGUUCGAGUUGCAUAGAACAAGUAGCAUUUGGAGGUUCCAUAAUUAUCUUGUUGAGCUAUUAGAUUUUACUACCAAAAUUUCUAGAUGUCGUGAAGCUCUGGCUUUUCUCUUCUUGGCAAAUGUUUUCUAGUUAUUAAAAUUUUCAUACGUUACAUGGGUGUGAUAUUACUAAGAGAAUUUGCUUUGGGUGCA